ACUUUCCCAGAGCGGCGGGGCGACGUCAGGCGGAAGGGCGCGGGGCGCGCACGCUUUAAAUGGCAUUCGCUGUCAUCCGAGCUCGCGGCGUGUGGGCAGGAGCGGGCUAUAUAAGCGGCGAGCCGGGCCCCCGCGGGGCAGACAGCGACAGCAGCGGUGGCGAGCGUGUCGGAGCGCAGCGGAGCAGUGCGCCCGGAGCCCCGCGCCCCCGACGGAUCCGCCCUCUCGAGGAGCCCCGGCCCGGGCCCGCGAGGGCCGCCGCCACCCGGCAGCAGAUUUGGAUCCCCCGCCUGGCGAGCCCCAGGCUGCUGCCUCCCGGGAGGCCCCGGCGCAGCGGCCGCCCCCAGAGAGCCCCGCCGCCCCGCCGCCCGGGCCCUCGGACGCCGGGGACACCGGGGACGCCAUGGCGGCCGCCAAGCCCGGCGAGCUCGCAGGCGUCUGCUCCAGCUACCAGGCGGUGAUGCCGCACUUCGUGUGCCUGGCCGACGCGUUCCCGCAGCCCGUGCGGCCCGCCAAGCUGACCAAGGGCAAGGGCCGGCUGCGGCGGCCGCGCCAGUCCCGCUUCAAGACGCAGCCGGUGACCUUCGACGAGAUCCAGGAGGUGGAGGAAGAGGGGGUGUCCCCCAUGGAGGAGGAGAAGGCGAAGAAGUCGUUCCUGCAGAGCCUGGAGUGCCUGCGCCGCAGCACGCAGAGCCUGUCGCUGCAGAGGGAGCAGCUCAGCAGCUGCAAACUGAGGAACAGCCUGGACUCCAGCGACUCCGACUCAGCCCUGUGAGCGGCGCCACCCUCCGGGGACCGGCGGGCGCACCCGGAGAGACCCGCGCCCGGAGACCCCUUGGCGGCGCUCUCCCCAGCCAGGAGCACGCUCGGGGACGCCGGGGAGGGAGCCACUUUCUUUGCCCUUGUAAAUGUUUAUUUUUUAACUCUUUCCAGUGCGAACUCUGCGGUGAGUGUGUGCGGGAGGCGGCCCGUGCCGAGUCUGCCCGGUGUCGCCAGGGUCGCCGCUCCACGCCCUGUAGCCCUCUGAUGGUUUGCAAUUCCGAUUUUGCACACCGCUCCACCGUGCCCCCCAGCGCACACCCGUCACACUCACCCCAACACACUCGCUGAACACUUUUAUAAUCGUUAAACGGGCGGAUGGGACCUGGGGCACAGCGCGGCUGCUACCGCGGCCAGAGGAUUGAUAUUUAUUUUUGCAUUGCAAUUGCUGAAGGCGUUUAUUUAAUGAUCUUUUUACUUGGAUAUGUCUGUGAGGCUCCCGAGUGGAGAUAAAUAAAGUCAAUAUAUUUACACAGUG